CCUGCGUGAUUUGCUACUCACAAAAGUCAGCUAUGGAGAUUAUGGAAGAUGGGAAUCUUAUGGACCGAGUUCGAAUUCUUCUUCAACGAGAUUUAGCAUAUUAUCAAGAUCAUCAGACAGUACUUCAAGAGAAUUUGUGUCCUGGAGUAGUUGGAGGUUUAUUGGAUUUUCCUCAUUACUCAUCUUUUGCUGCAGUAAAAUUGAUCAUCUGGUGGGAAGAGGCCUAUGUUGCUGCCUAUCAACGACCAUCAGGUCUUCUUGGAAAUGUAGUCUCAGAAGAUAAUGGCAACAAUGAAGAUGACCGUGGAUGUGGUGGUGUUGCAACCACUUCCAGCCCACAAGAAUUUCUGUCAGUUGUAACUAGCUCAGCUGGGCAAAUGCUUGAACACCUACACACACUAAGUCAAGAAGCACUUGACCACGCUGACCUUACUGUACUUACAGGAACACUUGGUGCUGCAGCAGUCAUAAAAAACUGCUUAUGGUGCUAUAAUGAGCAACUUAAAAAAAGAGCAGAGGAAACGGGAUCUCCAAAAUCAGAUGACAAGGUUACUCUUUAUAACAGCUACAGACGUUAUCAUGAUAUGUCUGAGGCAUUAGCUGAACGUCUCCUGGACUUACACUGUCGCCUUCUGUCAUUGUAUGUUUUGCAAGAUGCUGACUGCCUUAAUUGGGAGGAUAAGCAUCUAUUUUUUGAGGGUGAAAGAGGUUCAUUUGUUAUUCAGAUGUGGUGGUUAUACAUACAAGGAACAAAGGAAAGCUUGUGGAAUACUGUUCCCCCUAAGACAGCUCAGAGGGUUCUGGCUGGUAUGGUGAAUGAAUCUUUAUCUAUUCUUACAGUUCGAUAUACACAGGCAAAAACCAGUUCUGAACGUAGCACACUUUUGAUUAAUGAUGUAAGCAAUUUGUUGUUGUGUAUUUCAAAGAUUCUACCUGCUGUUUGUAAUGAUGCAAGUGAGCUAUUGGCCCACAGCCUUCAGAAUAACGUUGUGAAAGACAUACAUGCAAAAUGUCAUGAGUUGCUAAAAUGUCUCAUCAUCCGGGGUUGUCCAUUGGAAGUCCUUUACAGGGUUUUUCGGAAAGGGUUGUCUGGUGUUCAGAUUUUUCAGAUCAAAGAUGCUCAGUCUCCAGCUACAUGGUUUAUAUUUGCAGUCCCUCAUUUGUUUACUCUCAACAAAGGCAAGCAAUGUCUCCCAUUGGAUGCUGCAUCUAUUGCAUUGGAGCUUAUUGUGCUUGUGGCACAACCACAGGCAUCAUGGUCUCUCAUCCUCAAGGUUUUGUUGAUGUGCCAUGGUAAGAUCACAUCAAUUAUCAUGGAUCAUUUUGUAAACCACAUUGGAAGGUAUGAAUAUAAAGCAAGAGAGCCAAGAAUAAAAUGCACAAAUGGCACAGAAAAUAAAGAAAAGGUAAAAAGAAGCAGCAUUGGGCAUUGUAAUGGUUUCCUGUGUUAUGGGAAAGGUGAAUGUUUACUCUGGAAUGAAACAGAAGGCUCUUUACCACCAAACAUAAUCUUGGAGUCACUGAUGUAUAUUACAUGUAUGGCUGGUGCAUCACUUGAUUUAAAGUUUACUAUUCUGCCUAUACUAGAAAAGACAGUAAAGGACUGGGCAGGAUGCCUUGACAAGCAGCAGAUAUGGAAUCAGAAUAGGCCACCAUGGGUACAAGCACUUCUGAGACCAUUAGAGUCAUUAGUUUUUCCCAUCACACAAACUCUCAUCUGUGCUGUGAAGGAUGGUGCCAGCACAGACCAGGCUAUGAUACUGGCACUGGACUGUGUGGGACAAAUUGUGGAGUGUGUACCCCCACAUCUACUGUGUGCUGCAGCCCUUAUUGAGGAGAUGGUACCUGCAGAUGUGCAGCCAAUGGCUGGUUCUGUGUCACUGCAGCUCAUUCUGUCUGCCUUGUACUCACAGCUGCAACAACAUUCUGGAUCGAGCAUGGCACUCUCAGAGGCACUCUGUGACCUAGGACAAAACACCAAACAAACAGAGAAGAUACAAGCACUUGUCGUGAAGAUAAAUGACGCUAGAACUGAUGCUGAAGAUUUCAUGUCAGUAGAAGAUACCCCACAUAUGGCAGACAUGCUAGCAAGUAAUCUCCUCUUGACCGAGGAGGGACCACACUAUCUGAAGGUUAUGUGGCAGUUCUUACAAUUCAGUUCCCACUGGUUGCUUGGACAACUUGGUAUGCUGGAACCAGGAGAAUCUGCACCACAAAGUCCUCCUAUUAUACCUGCCAUUGCAUCAAGGCCUACCCCUGUGUGUUUGCUUCAUACUAUGUUUCAUGUGGGUCAUCGCCCAUUUGACCAGCUUCUAACAGGUGACUGGAACAUUGACUGGAACAGUCUCUUGCAGACAUCACUGAACAUCACACCUGAUAGUUUGUGGGCACAGUUAGUACUAAGGCCAGAAUUUCAAGAUUCACCAUUAGAUCUCAGUCAACAUGAUGCUGCUGUCACUGCUGCUUUGAAAGCAAUUUUUCAACAGUUCUCUAACACAUCAUAACCCUGCAUAUGUAUUAUUCUAAAACAAAAAAAGUUUCUUGCCAACUGUAAAAAGAUGAGCAAUGAUAUACAAUCCUGUACUUCAGUGAGACUCACACAAAUGUAUUUAAUCAGUAAUGUUUCACAUUUUUAAAGAGAAAAGUUGAAAUGCGUACUAUCAACAAGAGUCAAGGUGAUAAUCAUAAACCCGGGGCUAGUAGUCAUCCUGGUAUGCCUAUCAUCUACUUGGUGCUUGCUCCGUUCAGUGCUUAGUGAACUAUCAACAUACAGACAUCUAUGAGAUCCACAUGUUAAUAAGUAUGGUGGUUCCCAAUGAGUGCCU